AUGCAUCGCUUUUUUGCAGAGCUGGAGCCAUCUCUAUCCGUCACUGAGCAAAACCUGGCAGACCGAGUUAGGUACAUCCUGCGCUCCAACAUAUUUGGUGACGCCGAACUCGAGCGACUACGACGUGAGGCUAUUCCUUCAUCGAAUGGAAAUGCUACAGCUGGGAAUGCGGCGCCACUAGAUGCGCAACAAACUGCCUAUGUGGAUGCUGCCGUCAACAUUCCAUUUGUGGCUAAUUCAGACGAUGAUGGAAUAGUCUUCCACGAACUAGAGAAAAUGAGGAGCAUAUUGGAAGAGUCGAUGCUGGAAACGCGUAGCAUGCCUCUCGAGAAUCGACCGCGACUUCCCCGCAUACCCCUUAGCAAGCGAAAUCGGGCUGUCGUGCGGACUCUUAACCCAAUGCUGGUGACCUAUUUGGAAGCCAGCCGGGACCUUUGA